UGCCUGACGAUAUGAGUAGCGAUAAUGAGUGUGAUAAAUCGAAUGAGGAUGCUCUCGUUGAUCUUAAGCGACAACGAGGCACUUUAAAAGCUCGUGUAACUAACUUCAAGUCUUACCUGGACAAGAAAUUAACUUUGCCGUUAAACGACGUCGCUAAAGCCGAAUUGCAGUUGCGUAUCGAAGCCAUGGUAAAUGCCUUUCAAAAUUAUAAUGAUAUUCAGAGUGAAAUUGAGCGCAUUGUGCCAGAAGCAGAGCUUAUAACUAACAUGGAGUAUCGCGAAUCCUAUGAAGAGCUUUAUUAUUCUUGCAUGGCAAAAGCAAAAUGCCUAACUAAUACUGAGGACAAUACAACAAGUUCCAAAUCCGUUCACUUCGCUGAUUCGCUUAUAUCGAAAGUGAAAUUGCCUGAUAUAAAACUACCUCAGUUUGAUGGUUCCUACGACAAAUGGCUUGAGUUUAGAAAUUCAUACUCUACAUUGAUUCAUAAACGUACGGAUCUCGAUUUAAUUCAAAAAUUUCACUAUUUGCGUUCAUCAGUUACGGGUACUGCAGAACGAGUUAUAAGCGCAUUGGAAUUCACACCUUCUAAUUACAAAUUUGCGUGGGAAUUAUUAGAAAAUAGGUAUCAUAAUGAGCGGCUCUUGGUACACAACCAUGUCAAAGCGUUGUACAAAAUUCCACCCAUGAUCAAAGAAUCGCCGGCGCAGAUUAGAACGAUGAUAGAUACCGUGUUACGUAACUUGCGAGCUCUUAAGACUAAACGAACCAACUGACCAUUGGGACACGUUACUUAUUUAUUUGAUCGUUUCCAAAUUUGAACUUUCUACAGAAAAAGAGUGGGAGUCGUAUAAGGGAACUAUCAUAUCUAAUUCGCAAGGCGACUCUGACUCGGAGUAUAAACUAAAAUUAUCUGAAUUAAUUACCUUCCUUCGAAACCGAGCCGAUAUGUUAGAAAUGAUAAACCUAAACCACGGCAAAACGUUUAAAUUCAAUAAUACGCAGGAUAGGAACAUAAGUGAGACUAAAAAACCAGUUCAAUCGACGUCACAAACGCAUAGUCAUAGCUAUGUAGUAACGCGCAAGGAACAAACAAACAAGUCGUUUGAUAAAAAACGCGUAUGUAGUAUGUGCAAUGGCAAUCACCUUUUGUACACUUGUCCUGUCUUUCUCAAUCUAACGGUAAAAGAAAGGUCUAAAAUCGUUGAUGAAAAACAAAUCUGUCGUAAUUGUUUACGUUCAGGUCAUUCGCUAAAUGAUUGUUUGUUUGGCCCUUGUAAACAAUGUCAAUUAAAACAUAAUACUUUAUUGCAUUUUGAUAGGUCAAAUAAUACUGGCGCUGGCCAACCCUCCGCGGUAUAUAACGAGUCAGCUGAUGAUAGGGCUGGGCCAUCGCACACUACCACUGCAUUACAUUCUUGGUCGGGUUCGAAUACCGGGGUAACGAAUUCCCAUUCGGUUUUACUAUCUACAGCGUUGGUAGAAGUAGCUGACAAAGAUAAUAAUUUUCAUACGUUCCGCGCUCUGCUUGACAAUGGCAGUCAACAUUGCUUUGUCACAGAACGUUUGAGUAAACGAUUACGCGUUCCUUUAAUACAGUCCACUGUACACGUAUCAGGGGUGGGACAAGCAGUCACGCAGUCGAAUUCUGUGUGUAAAAUAAAUAUGCGUUCUAGAACUAGUGAUUACGAUACUAGUAUGUCAUGCAUUGUUCUGCCAUGCAUUACUCCUCGUUUGCCGUCGCAUCAUAUUGAUAUCGAUAUGUCUUGCAUUCCUGAAAAUAUUUCGUUAGCAGAUCCCAACUUUUAUACGCCGUCGGACAUCGAUUUGUUGAUUGGUGCAGAUAAAUUCUGGGAAUUAUUACACGAAAAUAAAAUUCGUUUGCCCAAUGGACCUUACCUGCAAAAUACAAAGUUAGGAUGGUUAAUAUCAGGGCCUAUUCAGUCGAAUUCAUUAAUUCAAGGCAACAUUCAGUGCAAUUUUGUACAAGGUCUAGAUGCUGAAAUGCGUAAGUUUUGGGAAGUUGAAGACAUCCCACGCGUGGACAAAUUGCUCACAGAUGAUGAAAAGUAUUGUGAAAAAAUAUUCAUGGAUACUACAAAGCGGGAAGACGACGGUAGAUUCGCCGUGCGUAUUCCUCUGAAAGAAUCGCCCGAAUUACUCGGCGACUCUUACAAUAUGGCGGAAAAAAGAUUCAUGUCGCUCGAACGUAAGUUAAAUCGUUUACCAUCAUACAAACAAUUAUACGUUGAAUUUAUGCGUGAAUAUAAACAAAUGAAUCACAUGACUGAAGUGAAUACUUACGGUAGUUCGAAUUAUUUUCUUCCACACCACGGCGUGUUCCGCGAGAGUAGCAGCACCACGAAGUUGAGGGUCGUGUUCGACGCAAGCGCAGCUGCCUCUUCAGGCAAGUCGCUGAAUGAUAUUCAGCAGAUCGGACCGAAACUUCAAAAUGACAUAUUCUCGAUUUUAUUACGUUUUAGACAGCACAGAUACGUCGGCUGUGCUGAUGUCGAAAAGAUGUUUCGACAGAUUUUAAUUCAAUCAGAUAUGCGUGAUUUACAGCUAAUUCUUUGGAGAGAGAAGACGUCCGAUCCGCUGAAAAUCUUUCAACUGAACACGGUCACCUACGGAACCGCGUCCGCACCAUACUUGAGUAUGCGGUGUUUAAAACAACUUGCUCAGGAUUGUAACGACGACGUCAUCGCUGACGUUAUAAAUAACGAUUUCUUUGUAGAUGAUUUGAUAACUGGGCACGACGAUCGAGAUGUUUUGUUAGAUAUUUGCAGAAAAACAUCAGAAAUCCUAAAAUCAGGGUGUUUUCCAUUGCGUAAAUGGACUUUUAACUUCGACGUGUGCGAUACGAUAUCUAAGGAGUUGUCGGUUGGUGAGCUAACUCAAAACAAAACCCUCGGUCUAGGUUGGUUAAACGAUACGGAUAAUUUAUACUUCACUUCAAGUCUGCAGCCUAAUGACGUAUCACAGUUAACAAAACGUCAUAUGCUUUCGAUCAUUUCACAGAUAUAUGACCCGUUAGGUUUGCUUUCGCCGGCCGUCAUUAUAUCUAAAGUACUAAUACAGCGGCUCUGGUUAUGUAAGAUCGGGUGGGAUGAGCCUGUCCCGCGCGACGUCAUUGGCACAUGGAAUCAAUUUAUUGAUUCUCUUUCGACUUUAAAUACGUUAAGAAUUCCACGCUUCGUACGAAGCGGUAACAACCCAUAUACCGAGCUUCACAUAUUUACGGACGCUUCGCAGACCGCUUAUGGGGCCUGCGCAUAUAUACGGACAUAUAACGAUGACAGCGACAUUGUUGUAAAGUUGUUAUGUGCAAAAAGUAAGGUCGCGCCAUUAAAAACAUUGAGUAUUCCCCGUCUAGAACUUUGCGGCGCGUUGAUAGGUGCGAAAUUGUAUAAGAAAAUAAUCGAUUCACUGCGUUUAUCUUUCGAUCAUGUCUUCUUCUGGACGGACUCCACUAUAGUGAUGGGCUGGCUACGAAUGUCGCCGCAUUUAUUAAAAACGUUCGUUCAAAAUCGCGUCACGGAGAUAAACGAAUUGACAGGAGAUAUGCAGUGGUUACAUGUAAGUAGUGGUGACAACCCUGCAGACCUAGUAUCUAGGGGUCUUAAUCUAGACAUGCUUAGCCGCUCUUCACUCUGGUGGAGUGGCCCUUCCUUUUUAUACGAUCGCGAAACAAAUUGGCGAAAUAAUAAUAUUCCGUCUGAAAAUAAUUUACCCGAAGUUAGGGGCAACCCUAUCAUUGCCACAACUACUAGUAUACAGUUUCCGAACGUUAUUGAUUUUGAGAAAUAUUCGUCAUAUAUAAAAUUAAAACGCGUAUUUGCAUAUGUUUUGCGCUUCAUAAAUAACUCGCGUAAACGACAAUCGAUCAAUCAAUCAUUCAGCCAAUCGAGCGUUACUGACAAUCGAUCAAAUCGUGUAAUCGAUUUAAGCGCACAGGAACUACUCUCGUCCGAGCAGAAGCUCGCCCGUCUCGCUCAGUUGCAAUCAUUCCCUGACAUUUUUUGUUGUUUACGCAAUAAAUUACCUUUAAAAUCAGUUAAAAACAAGAAACUAUACAACAAAAUUGUUGGAUUAAAUGUUUUUCUAGACGAUAAUGAGUAAACAUCGUUUCGCUGUGUUAUUAUGUGAAUACGAACACAAGCAGUUACUACAUGCGGCUACGCAGUUACUAGUAGCCAACUUACGAGAUAAUUGGUGGAUUUUAGGAGUUCGGAACCUAUCAAAAAAGACUCCAACGACCUGCAACCCCUCACACCAGGGCACUUCCUCAUCGGGCGUUCUCUCACAGCGCCGGUGCACGACGAUCUCACCUCCAGGCAGGCCAACCGGCUCCCUCGCUACGACCGCAUAGAACAGAUGAGACAACAUUUUUGGCGCCGCUGGUCUACAGAAUAUAUUUCGGAGCUGCAGUUGAGGACAAAGUGGAAGACUAAGGCCGACGACUUACAGCUUAAUACGCUUGUUUUAAUCAAAGAGGACAAUUGGCCACCUUUGAAAUGGCGUAUGGGAAGAAUUACACGUCUAUAUCCCGGUAAAGAUGGGGUGUCACGCGUUGCUGAUAUUCGUACGGCGUCAGGCGUCAUUCAACGUGCGUUCUCCAAGAUCUGCCCAUUACCACUGGAGCCAUCUCCAUCAAGCAGCGUUAACGUUUUGGAAGAUGGACCUUCCAAGGCUGGGGGCAUGUCGGGAAGUGACAGCGCCAUCUAGUGCGUCAGCGACGAACCGCGGCAUUCACUGCAUUCACUCGUUCAGAAACAACUCCAUCUUGGGACAACUCUCGUUCAAAAACACUCGCCAUCGCCAUCUUGGACGCUAUCAGCUAUUAUACUUACCACCUGAAAACGUUGUAACUAUUGUUAAAAUAAAAUAAAUAAAUACGUUGUAAAAAUAUA